AUGUCUAAAAACCGAAAAUUAAACAAAAAGCCUAUAGAAGCUAUAGAAGACUUGAAUAAUUUCAACAAGGAAGAAUUAAUUGACGUUAUAAAAAAACAACAAUUCGAAUAUGAUUUGCUUAAUCAAAAAAUCACGGAAUUGGAAUCAAAAUAUAAAGAACUAGAGAAAAAAACUCAACAACUACCUGUUACUAAUGAACCUACGGCUCAAAUGCAAGAAGAGUUUGAGUUACAGAAACUAGCAUUACAAAAUCAAAUAAGCACAUUUCAAAAUUUAAUCAACUCAUUUAACGAACAUUUUGCUGUUAUACAGCAAGAAAUUCAAAAAAAGAAUGAAAAAAUGAUCGAUUUUCAUAAAGACAUUGAAUCACAUAAAGCAGCAUUUAUUGAAGCUAAAAAAAGUCAAGGGAAUGAAUAUGAAAAUGAUGCGAAUAAUUCUUUUCAACUUGUUAAAGAUAUCGAAAGAAUUCAAGGAAACGUUGUUGAUGCGGUCAAAAUAAAAGGGGUAAAAAUUGAAAUUAUGACAAAGCAAGCAGACGGGAUCCUGUCUUAUUAUCAUAGCAGGACAAAAAUCUCUGAUGAUAAUGGAAAAUUGGCGUUGAGUUGUGCUCUUCAACGUUUUAUAGUUAGGAAAGUUUUCGGUUUUGUCGAAAAUUUUACUGAAACGCUUCAACUUGAAAAACAGCAUAAAGAUGAAUUUGCUGAACAAUUUAUUAUAUUUUAUACACAAGAACUAUGCAUGCUUAUAGAAAAACUUUCAACAAAUCGAAUUGGAUCAGAUGGUUUUACAUGUAUUACACCAAUCAAAAUACGCCAACAGGUUUAUGCUGCCUUGGGUGCACGCGGCUUUCAUAUGGAAAAAUGGCAUCCUACGAUCAAAUAUCUUGGUGACGACAUAAUCAGUAAACUGAACCAAUGUCGAAAACUGCCUCAAGAAAUGAAUGAAGAAACGCAGGCACAAAUCUAUGAGCUGAAAAUUCGCGUCGAAAUUCAAACACGUUCUUUUCAAAUGGAAGACUCACCACAACAGCGUAUUAAUCUUCUCAGACAGCAAUUAGAUUUUUUACAAGCUCAAUUAGGCACUACUGCAAAUAUUUUUGAGAAACAUCCAAAACGCGAGACCUUUGCUACAAAAGAUUUGAACCAGUCCUCAAAAACCCUUUUUUCUUCUCAACUUAACCGCGCGAAAAAUGCUGUAAUGUCGGAGCAGAUACACCCUAUUCUAGCGUUGCAGCUAGAUGACUAUGUCCCUCCAACCGAUUCAGAAGGAACAUCUCCAGGCCCUACAUAUCAAAAACCCAAAAAUGAUGCUGCCAAGUUUGGUGGUGAUUUAUUAAUACACGGGAAACGGAAUCGAAAAUCCACCAAUAUCAUUCGAAAUUGUGUGGUUGAGGAAGAUAGUAAUUUUGCAGGUUUGCUUACAAAAGUCAACGAGGUGUUGGAAUCAAAUGAGGAAAAAGAUCAGGAUUAUUAUACAAAGGAAUUGAGACAUAAUGAAAAUAAUCAAGUCGAAAAAGAUUUAUUGGAAAAAAUAGAUGCCAUCUUGAAUUCAGAAGAAGGACGAACUUUUUUUGCGAAUAGAGAUAAAUGGGAUGAUGACAUUCUGCGUGAAGAUCGUGAAGCACGUAUUGCGCUUGCGUCUCGAUAUAAAAAAUAUGGUUCGCGAAGCUGGCGAAAUCCAAAUUGUGUUGUGAAUGGUCGAGAUGUGAUUUCUGAUGCUCGCCAAAACAGUAAUUAUGCACAAUCAAGGCACAGUGAACAUUCAAGACUUAUUAAUUAUGCUGCAUAUGAUUUGCCAGAAAAGUUAGGACGUCAGAAACCUUUAGGAUCCGAUCCUAUAAUGAGAAAACAUCCAUACCAUUAUAAUCACAAUAAUAGCUGUUCUUGCAACUUACUCAAAGGAAGCAACGAAACGACGAUUGGAGAUGAUAAUGAUUAUUCCAGCAUCACAUUCGAUGAGAUAUUACCUGGUCAUUAUUUUGGCGAACAUACAAUUAAUAACGAAACGUUUUUUCAUUCAUUGUACCCAGGCAGAUUUAAGCAAGUCAAUAUUCAGGAACAUGAUGUCAGAACUCAACAUCCUCUGCUAAAACAAAAGUGGCAUCAUGGAUAA